AUGACCACCGUCUGCCCGAGCCCCAACUCCCCACCCGAGUUGUCGGGGUCGAAAUCGUCCAAGUCCUCCUCCUUCCAUUCCUCCUCCCAGAUCGACGAUCCCGACAGUAUCUUCACGGAUGUUGGAAACUUCGAGGAUAUCGGUCUCGAAGAUGACUCCGAACUUCCCAUUGUCGAUCCUGCGACCACCCCUUAUGGCCGUGGUCUGGCAUCGCGGUCGCCCGCGGGCAGAUUGUCCAACAAAAGCCCUGCUGCCGCGACUCGCGACUUGACCGCGACCCCGAAGCCCCGAAAACGAAGUCCUUUCCCCCCAAUUCAUAAUCAGAUCAAUGGUGCCAUGCGUACCCCGCAGUCUGCGGGAUCCCUGUCCACAAGGUCUGGGAACAGGAGAGACUCAGGAAGUACGACCAAUUCGGGGGGGCUGACCCCGGUACAAUCUCGUCGGUCACGGUCGACAUCACCACUGCGUCCGAUGUCCAGUCGCUCUGCUUCGACUACCAGUCUGGCCCUAUCGCCGCUCUCCGCACGCGUCCCGAUGCAGAAACAGAACUGGCAACAAAGCCGCAAGUCGCUGAAAGAAUUGGAGGAAGAAUACCAUGACUCAGAUGAUGAGCUGCCCGACGAUGCCAGCCUAUGGAAUAUCCCGAUCUCUCCCCGCCCAGUGCAAGAUCGCCCUCCGUCUCGCGCACCCAGCCCGAGUGGUCGCAGUCCUGGCCCACGACCAUUGCCGAUUUCCCACACAGUUACUGAAACUUCGGGUGCCCACAAUCCACCAAAUGGCUCUUCUUCCAAGGCUGCGCGCAUGCGGCGAACGCAGCGGUCCAGUUCUGCUGGUCCUGAACGAGGCCAAAUCUCCCCACGAAACCCUCGCGCCUAUUCGUACAACAGUUAUCUCUCAGACUUGUCCGAAGAGGCAAGAAUCAUUACUGAAGCUUUGGAACACCAUGCGGGUGAAAGUGAGCGCAAACAGGAGGAAAAUGUUCAGAAUGGCGUAUCACGGAAAUCGAGCUCGGAGUCGCAAGAGCCCGUUGAAUUGCCGCCUCUGCAGAAAUCCAACAUAAUGAUCGAUCCGUUACCUAUUAGCAAGGAGAAGGAGAAGGUGCUUACUCGCACACGCCCGAGCUGGCUUCCACCUAAGGACCAGAAGGAGGAGAAAAAGCACCUGAAGGAAUACAAGCAGAUGAUGGCCCAGUCGCGGGAAGCUGAGAAGCGCAGGGCUGCCCGAGCUGCUUCCGAGCAGUGCGAGAAAGAUACGACCCGAGAUGCCCUUCAAAAUAUCUGGGAUGACUUUAUUGGCCCCAACUGGGACGGUGCUAUGCGUGCGCCUCGGACACGAGAGCUUUGGUGGCGCGGAAUCCCUCCUCGGAAUCGUGGAGCUAUGUGGAUGCGUGCCAUUGGCAACGAGCUGGAGCUCAACGAGGAAACCUACAAGAAAGCAUUACAGCGAGCCAAGGAUCUGCGAUCCAAGAAGGAAGAGCCCAGUGAAAGUCACAAACGCUUGCUGGACUGUUUCGAAGCCAUCGACUCUGAUGUGCCCAAGGCCUUCCCUGACUUGAACCUCUUCCAGGAGGGCGGCCCAUUACGGGAAACGCUUAUCGAUGUCCUCCAGGCUUAUUGCAUGUAUCGCCGCGAUGUGGGCUACAUCCAUGGUCUGCACACCAUUGCUGCUCUGCUUGUCCUGCAAUUCCCAACUCCCAGCUCCGCUUUCCUCUCCAUGGCCAAUGCCCUGAACCGACCAUUGCCCGUCGCCUUUCUCACUUGGGACCGCGGGGCCAUGGCACGCACCUAUGCUUUGGCAUCCGAUACCUUGCGGUACAAGUUCGGCCGGCUUUACAACCACCUCCAUGAAACCCUCCGUCUCUCCGACGAGGAACUUUGGGAACCGAUGUUCCGCUCCUUGCUCACCAACGGUCUUGAUCUCGAGCGCAUCUCCCGUGUGUGGGACUGCUGGGUUUUCGAGGGCGACCGCAUCAUGAUCCGUUCCGCUGUCGCCAUCCUUGGCUGUCUCCAGGCUCAACUGUUCUCUUUCCAACAGCCCGAUGACCAGACUCGCAUCAAUGUGCGCAAUAUCCUAGGCUGGGGACCUCGCCAUAUUGGCGCGAAUAACCAGAAGCCUAAGGAACGCCACAGUGCACCGGCUGCAGCAGGAUUUGGCGGUGGUCAGGUCUCCAAUCCUGAGGAGGUUGAUUAUUGGAUCCUCACGGCAGCAGGCAACGAAGACCGGUUUAUGUCUGCAGUAAGGGAAGCUGGAAAAGUGCGGCAAUAG